UAAUUCACAAAUUUUCAUCACACUUACGUUAUUGUACGUUAAUAUACGUUGAUAUGCUGUGUUAUACCAUUUAAUUUUCAUUAAAUUUCUCCCGACGACCCUGUACCCUUUAAAUUUGAUUUUCGCUCAGUGUUAAAACUUAUUUUGUGUUAAUCUCUUGUUUUUUUUUUUCUCACUUCUCUACCGAAUAUUAUUAUAUGAAUACAGAGAUUAAUUCAAUCGUGAUACGAGAGAGAAAAAAUUUAAUAAAUUAAAGAAAAAUAUAAAAUAUAUACCUGUGGAAUAUUUUUAAAAAUAUAAAUCACGUGAAAACAAUAACUGUGCUUAUAGAUACGUGAUGUAUUGAAACUAUUCUUGUGGUGAUUCAAUACGAAUAUUUAUAAUAAUCGUAAUAAUAUUUAGAAACACGAGAUAAGAAAGAGAGGAAAAAAAAAAAAGGUUGAAAACGAAUUAACUGCUAAUAAUCGAGUUACAUAGGAAGGCGGAUGUGAAAGUGCUGCAGGUUAAUGUGGGGAUGGUUUCGUGAGCAUUUACUGUGAGAAAAGUUUUUACAAGAAAAAUAUUUGUGCUUGUUUUCUAUUGGAUUGUUGUUACUGUUAUUCAGUUUCGGAGUUAUAAGAAGAAGCGAUAAAAAUAAUUUUCUAAAAACGAAACAACAAUAUAUAUACGUAUAAUAAUCUUAAAUAACCCAGAGAUCUGUAAGAGCUUCCUGCAGCUGUUUCCAGGAGGAUAUUAUUUUUUACACAUAUAUCGUAAUUAUAAUUCAAGAAACAGGAUAUAGCAGGAUGACGGUUGCCGGAAAGAGGUACGUCGACUGCACGGUACUCGGAGCAGGGAAUGGAGCAGACGCUGAAGACUCGUCAUAUGAUAGCGACUACGAGGCGGAGGAUUCACUUGGAUCUGGAGUCCACCCUCGCCUCGAAUCUCAAGUAUCUUCUUCGACCCAUUCGGAUGUUUCUCGAACAACGUCGGACACUCUGGCCGCCGAAUUUGCCGAAUACGUCACGGUGCAGGGUCCGUCACCUACGCAGAGUCCUGGAUAUACGGCACGCGUUGAGUUUGCGUUGAAACUCGGCUAUACGGAGCGUUUGGUUCAGGCAGCUCUUCAUAAACUCGGUCCAGAUCCUGGUCAAAAUGAACUUUUAGCAGAGUUGAUAAAGUUGGGGGCGAGUUCCCCCAAGUUAACGGAUACUACCGACGACUCCGACCUCUUGGACUCUGAUAUAACGGUCGACGAUGUUCCUCAACCUCCAGUUCUUCGUCCGGUCGUUAUUGACGGCAGUAACGUGGCAAUGAGUCAUGGAAACAAGGAGAUAUUUUCAUGCAGAGGUAUCAAAAUUUGCGUAGACUGGUUCAGGAACAGGGGGCACAGAGAAAUUACAGUUUUCGUACCGAAAUGGCGGAAGGAAGCUUCAAGACCAGAUAAUCCGAUCGCCGAACAAGAGAUCCUUGGGGAACUGGAGAAAGAUCGUCUCCUUGUAUUCACGCCAUCCAGGUUGGUGGGUGGAAAGCGGAUGGUUUGCUAUGACGAUCGUUACAUUCUUCGUCUAGCUGCCGAGUUGGAUGGCAUUGUAGUUAGUAACGAUAACUACAGAGACCUCGCCCAGGAGAGUCCCGAGUUCAGAAAAGUCGUCGAAGAGAGGAUACUCAUGUACAGUUUUGUCAAUGAUAGAUUUAUGCCUCCAGACGAUCCUUUGGGCAGAAGCGGGCCGACUCUCGAUCACUUUCUGAGAGUAGGACCUCGAAGAGCUGACCCUGCGCCUCCAUGUCCCUACGCAAAGAAAUGCACUUAUGGGAACAAGUGCAAAUUUCGCCACCCCGAGCGUGGGCCGCACCCGCACAAAUCUGUGACUGAACGUCUCGUGGAACAUGCUCAGCGUCACCUUCAAGCACGAGGGCCUAGUAUUAGCCUGCCUUUGCCCCCGUCAACAUCGUCUGCUGGGUUAACUCAGCACCAGCCGCUUUGUAAGGCCCGAUCAGCUGUUCCAUCUGUCCAGUCGUCAUCCGUCCCUAAAAGUAGAUCUGUUGAAAAUGUCACUGCAGAUAUAACAGCCAGUCCUGCCGGAUACGUCCAGCAAAUAACUAGCGCGCAAAAUCCCCAAGGAUAUCCGUCUCAGAUUGGGUGGGCACCGCCUGUUCCGCGUGUAGCCAAUUCGGAUCCUGAUCCUGCGAAUAUGCACAGAAAAUUACAACGCCAGUUAACAUUAAAUCCUACCUGCGAUCCGAGGUUGUAUCAACUCAGAAGAUAUCCUCAGCAACAACAAACUCAACAACCACAUCAGCCUCAUCAGAAUCUUCAACAACAAACCGUCAUUAGUACCCAUUCGACGAUGCAACACAGACCACUUACCAGGCAUGCGAGCAGUGAAACCCCGUAUCCAGUUUCUAUGAGCUGGGAACAUCCUGAACACCGCCACCAGCAUGUGACACGCAUAGCUUCAGCUCCGGAUUCUUAUCGAGCAUGGCCACCACACAGUACAACUCAUCCAGCUGGUUCCCGAGCGCAACGUUUAGGAGCUUCGGAUCCUCAACUCAAUCUUCUCCCUUCUCCACCGCCAGCCCCCGGUAUUCGCAGUUCUUGGGGAGCUCAGACUCACGACGCUAGGCGCCGUCUUCAUUAUCACUUGGCCAAUAUUUUUCCAGAAGAACAAGUGCAAGCAGCCAUGGCAUUGCAUCGGCACGAAACAGAUCCUCAGCAAAUUUGUGCUGCCAUAUUAGCCAUGUUUCCGAAGCCUUAAGAGCCUGGUCUAUAAAUAAUGAUGUUAGCAACAGAGAGGAUAAACUUCAGAGAAGUAAGACUCCUGCGUGUGUCGUGAGUCAACUGUUUUAUAUAUUAUUUUUGUUGCACGUUACGGAACAGGACUUUUAUUCAGCCAACGUUAUUUAGACGAAGAUUCUUUAACGAUCGUAUCGUUAUUUGAGUAGAAAUACCGCUGAUCCAGUCGUUCGCUAAUCAAAAUUACGUAUGACGCUGACGUUUAGGUGAUCUAUCUUUGUCCUCGAUAAGGUUACCACGCUUAAUGGCGGGCUGGAACCCUGCCUUGCGAUUAGAUGAUUGGAGUAUUGAAAUACAUCCGUGCUAUUCUUCUGUGAGAAGUAUUAGACAAUAACAUUCCUAGCUGACGUCUAGAUUUCAGAGCUAUUUUUCAUUUGCAAAUUAAUUAAGUAAAUAUUUAUCCCGCAGUUAUCCAAACGUUUAUAAAAUUCUUGAGAAAAACUAGGAGCUUAUAGAGUGGAGUAUUCAAAUGCGACGCUGGUGUCGACGUGAAUUUAUUUAUAUUGUACAUUAUUAUUUUUUUUAUAUAUUAUAUUCACUCUCGCUAGGCUAGCUCCUGGGGCUAACUUUUUUUUAGCGAAGCGUGGCUGUCUUCAUCACACAUAUUACAAUUAUCUGCGUGUAUUUUCAUUAUUUUUAUUUAUUUUUAUUUUUUUCAUUCGAUGGAUUUAAAUCUCGUUUACAGCUCGCAGAACGGGGCAUUAUACCUAUACAUACAUAUACAUAUACUUAUUAUAUAAUAUUAUUUGUUGGGAAUAAAUUUUAGGAUAUAAUCGUGGAAACUUUCAUUACAAAAAUGUUCAAUGGGUACCUAGGAAUUUAUGCGACUCACAUUGAGUCUGCAGAUUCCUGUCCCUUACCUCAAGACUUUGAACGAUAUGACCUCCAUACUAAUAUUCAUUUCAAUGAAAAGCAGGAAGACUCUUCAUUCCAAUGCACAAAUAUCGUUGUAUCAUAUCAAAAUAUGAGGAACACUGAUAGUAGACAAGGGUCAUUCACGAUUCCGGUAAAGAAAAGGAACAAAUGUGAAUUUCUCGACUAACUAUAAGCAUCUAUAAGUAAUGUUUUUAAGAAGGUACGGAAUUAGUUGAGAACAUUACUGAUCAAUAUUGAUACGAGCUAAAGAUUAAUAAAGACUGUCAGUUUAAUGGGCCACCAAUCGCCUCGAUGAUUCGCCGUGUAGAAAGUUUUCGAUGUUAAAUAUUUGUUAGAUAUAUAAUAGAUGUUUUUUAUUAACGGGAUGAGAGAAAGAGGGAGGACCCUCAAGCACAAGUUCUGUUGAGAAUAUGAAAGUUAGCUCUCGCUUUACGACACACGUUUCUCUAAUUGAUAAAAAAUUACUGCCGUUGGAAAAUCAUUGCAUUUACAAAAAAUCAAUACUUGGGGCGAAAAACAAAGAAAAAAAAACCAUUUCAAUUGUAUUCCAAGUUAAUGAUAUCAACUAUUAAAGCCGAGUAUUCAUUUAGCCGUCAGUGCGUGCCAAUCAUUACCGAAGAUAAGAGAAAAAGUAAUGAAAAAUCAGCUUAAAACGAAUGGAAGUUUGAUUUGUCCAAAUGCUACAAUUAUUUAUGUUUUCAUUUUAUUUUGUUUUCAAUUUAUUCUUGUGCUUCGAUUGAGGAGAGAAUAUGGAAGCAUGUAUGUGUAUAUUGAACAAGAAAAAAAUGCAAUACCAUGUAUUGUUCACGAAUGGAUUAUUUACAAAAGAAUAAAGUCGAACUUUUUUCUCCAAGUAUGUUAUUAAACCGAACAGUAAGUCGUUGUCUAAUAUUAGUCUAAAGAAACAGGAAUAUAUAAUUGAAAAAUACUAAUUUGAAGAAGAAAAUAUUAGUAAUACUAAUAAUAAUAAAAAUAAGAAUGAUAAUAAUAGCUAUAACAAAUAAUUGAUUGUUAACUGUAGUGAUUUUGGUGUCGAGAUGAGGUCGAAAAAAAUAUAUGGGUAUCCGAUACAAUAGUACGUGUAUAAAAUAAAUACGCAAGGGAAAAAUAUAUGAAAUUAUAUAAUUUAACAUCGCAUACGGUAUGCGGUGUUAACGAAAUUGAUUAAACUCUAUUAUUUCAGUGGAUUAAUUAACGAUAUGACAAAUGAUUUGCGUGAAAAAUAUUUCACGUUAUACAAAAGGAACGAUAAUAUUAUUACGUUAAUAAUAUAGGUACCUAUAAUUGAAUUAUUUUUUUUUCCCAAUAUUUAUAAUAAACAAAUUUGUAUCGAUGUUAUUACAGAUGGAUUGUGAAAUAAAUGUUUUUCUAUUUA